GGCCAUUGUAAUGUUGCCUUCCAGUUCGAAAACAUGUGAAGUGCAUCGCCGUACAGAGAACCUAUACACGAAUCCUGAUUGGUCGAACGGGUCACGUGUCGGCGACUACACGUCCGCUACCACAGCAACUUGUUCAUUGUUUUUUACUGUCACGGAAUCUUGGUCUUCGUUCUGUCGUUGCCAUAGCAUUCGCUUCUCGAUACAAAUAAACAAGAUGUUAUGUUAGAUACUGAAAGGAAAUAACAUAAAAUAAUAACAGAAAAUGUUAUUAAAUUAUAAUGUUCGGGAGUGUUGUCAAAAUUUGCCAAUUCGCGAUUAAACGAUUUGCAUUCGUAUCGGAUCUAGUUUUCUGAUAAAUCGUUUGAAAAUGUAAUUGAUACGAGGUUAAAUCUUGAUGCUGAUGCCGUUUGAAAAAGUGAUUUUGUUGUUUAAUGUUUAAACGUUGUUUUUUUUUGAAAGUGCGUGAAUGUGGGAAAAAUGGAAGAAAUCGCCUUCAGCGAUUGGCCAGGACAACCUGUGGAUUUAAAUGCCGGGAACAACUCGUGGUUACCAGCGUAUGGAUUUACUGCCCCGUGUACGCUUCUGGAACGCGAGGAUUUUAUUGGGAAUCCAGAUGCGGAAUAUUUUCUUCCUAGCGGUUUUGGUAAUUACAUGUAUUUGGAGACGAUCCUGGAGGAAACUUCCGAUGAUUUACGAUCGGAAAGCGACGCCGAUUCUCGGGGAUCCCCCGUGGGUUGGUUGGCCACCGAUUCCGAAGCCGGAUCUGUUAUAUGCAUGGACCCGCCAGAUGACGCAGAAUGCGAUUCAGAUCGUGAAAUAGCUUGUCCGUCUAAACGUAGAAAACAAGACAUUUUCCUAACCCUACCGAAUUGUAACCCCGAGGAAGAUUUGAAUUCCUUGAGUCGAUCUAGCAGUCUACUACAGUUCGAAACAUUAGAAAAACAAUGCCAAGAGAAUUAUCCGAGCUCCCCGAGCUUAUAUUCCCAAUUUAGUUACGAUUCUCUGGAAUCUUCUAUGAGAAAAUCGGACUUGAGCCCGGAUAGUUUGAACAGUCCGAAAAGUGAUUUCGCCGAAGACGAAACCGAUUAUUACAAAACGUUGAAAAUAGACGUACCCGCGAGGGCGAAGCGAAGCAACGACAGCUGGUUGUACAACGCGAAUCGAUCCUCGGGAUCGGAUACGAGCGAAAGCGACGUCAUCGAUAUUUCGAGAUCGUUCGAUAAUCUGAAGCCGUGGAGGAGUUUCGAAAGUUUGCCAGUCGGCCAAAAGAGCGUGAGGGAAAAAGCGUCGGCGGAAAAUUUGAGCGAAGACAGCGGGUACAGCGACCACUUGACGAAAUCAUCUAGUACAAAUAAUUUCAAAGCGAAAGAUGAAAUCAGGACGAAAACUAUGAAAAGUUAUCCGGAAAAGAGGAGUUCCUAUGUUGGAUUUUCCGCUUACGAUGGAGACGUGUUGCAAGAGAAUUUCAACGGCAACUUCGGUGUGAGCUAUCAAGAUUUGUCGAUUCUCCGCGACCCCAAUUUGGAAAACUUGAAAACCUCCCCGCUGGUAGAUCAUUUCAUCAAAAACAAAAAACAACGAUCCCCGAUAGUUAGCGAGAUCUCAGCCUUGUCGUCGAAAAUUUUAAAAUUAGACUCGAAUCGGGAAUGCGUGUCUAAUUUUAAAACAUCCUCAAGCAGCGAACCGAACAUUCGGAAAGCAGUAGACGGCCGACAGUACGCGACAAAUCUCAGUGUCUCUAGCGUGCCAAAAGACUUAAACUUCAUCGGCGAUUUCACGAAAAGUGUUUGUAGGUCUACCAGCGAUUCGGUCGCGUCAAAAAAUUGGAAUCUAGCCGAUUUGCAUCUCGAAAAUUGUAAUGAAACUGGAUUGACCGAAGAGGAAACGAUGUCGUUCAAACGCGAAAGCAGCUACAACGAAGCUAUAACCAACACGACGAAUUACAAACGAGAAGGAAGCUAUGCCGAAGCUAUGGCCAACAGAGUCGAUCUCAGUGACGACGAACACAGCUUGUAUAACAAAAAUAAACCGAAAUUACCGAAAAAUCCGAUCGUGGAAUUCGAUAAAAAAGUACUUAAAGCCAUAUCCGAACAGAGUUUGAUCAACAGUAAUCAAAAUCUUGACGAAGCCGAGGUUCAAAUCAUCAAUUCAACGCCAAAACGUACCGUGGUCAGUACGCCGAAUCUGGCCGAGCAAAUACAAGAAGAAGAAGAAGAAGAAGAAGAUCGUAGGAAAUCGUCGAUGGAUAUCGCGCGAAAGGGUAGCAGUACGAGCGGUAUAUCCGACGUCGAAGAAAAAACGCGAAUGUCACUAAGAAGUUUCAACGGUUCAAAUAGAGGUGUCCAUUUUUCCCCGGUGGUGUCGGAGGUGAAUUGGAGGGACGAUUCCGUUUCGACGGUAACGCCGGAUCGGGAGAGCAGUUACAGUUUAGGUAGUUCUUCUUCUGGUAGAGGAUCGCCUGCUUUGAUCAAACCUCGCGCGGUGAGAAUGAGUUACUCCCAACCCGAUUUGUCGGAUGAUAAAAAAGAGUUCGUUGAUAGUUUGAAAAAAUUGCGACAGGAUUUUAGUAAGAGUCAACCGGACGUUGCCAAAUUUAAGAGGAGAGGCAGUCAAUUGAUAAAGAAAGACGAAGACGGAACUCUGGUCAAAGCCUACAUAGACCGCGAUGGUAUUCAAUAUAAACACACGCACUUGGACAUCGGUUUUAACUCGCAAACUACGACAGCUGGUCUACCCCACCAAUUCGAAACGCGGCCGCCACAUGAACGCAGCUCAACAAGCACGGUACAAAAAAGUGCUUUCAAGUCCGCCAUCGGUUCAGUUUCUUCAGUUAACAACAUGGAAGCGCGAGAUGCGCAUCGCGAAAUCGCACAUGCGCAUAAAGAUUCGAAACAAUCGAAAGCUUCGGGUAAGCUCGGCGGUUUUUUUUCGAGAUUGGCGAGUUUUCGAUUCAGCUUGAGGAAAGGGGCGGAAGAAAAGGUGAAGCUGAAGAAAAAGAAAAAUGUUGCCGAUGCACCCGGUGUGGGGAACGCGCCAGUUACUAUAAUGGCCCCUCAACAACGCGUCGCCUCUAAAUCCGACUACAUCUAUAUCCCACUAAAAGGUCCCACCGUUCAAUCGGACAAACAUAAUAACAACGAACAUUCACCCAAAACCAAUUCUGUAACAUCAAAACCGCCCCUGCCUAAACAACCGCCGCGCGUCGUCCACGCAAGCGUUAAAUCUUCGGCUACCGCCUCCGGCGCGGACCGUCAACAACGCGCGGACAAUCGGCAACAGCGCAGGAGAACUAUCGAUUCGUCUUCUGGUGGUUGCCCGCUGCCAAUGGAGCCCAUGGGGCUUAUUGAAACCGAUCUAGAUACGGAAGUUACCGUUAUAACGAGUGGUGCUAAUGUGAAAACGAGAAGUCUGUUAGAUUUAGGGGCUCAACCCCAUCGGUUGACUUUGACGGGGGGGACCGACCAACAAGGGAAAGAACACCGUCCGCAAACCAGACCGCACAAAUCCAUGGAAUUCCUUUUGGAUAAACAGAAUCUCAAGGUCGUCGAGCCGCCCGAAAAUGAACUUCAAAAAGGGGAGAGAGUAAUGUCUGAACAUCAACUGCGAGUUCAGCGUUCCUUGCAAAAACUCACCCUUCCUGAAUGGUACAAACAAUCCCCGCUACCCCGAGAAGGAUUCCUACUAAAAAAACAAUCGACUCGCGAAACCCGAUGGAACGGAACGGGAAGUAAAACAACAUCGUUGAGCAGUUUAGGAUCAAAUACUUUCUCCCCAAUCGUUUCCCCGACGCCGUUGAAUCAACCGUUCGUGCGGUGGUCGACGUCGAAGCUAAACUCGACGGCUUCGUCGCCUUGCGCCUCUACCAGAUCGAGUUUCAACACCAGACAACCGAAUGGAAGCAUCUCUCCUUCAUCGGCCAGAUCGAGCUUCAGUUACAGACAACCUUAUUUAGGUUGGAGGUCCCAAGAGCGACUCAGUAGACCUAGAACCCCAGCGGAACGUUUGGCCAGUUCGUUAUUAUCGGCGCAGAAUGCUACCGCCCAACAAGAAAGUCCCGAAAUACAAACCUCUAUAAAAGAAGUAACUUCCGCCAUCGUACAUUACGUGAGCGGUCUAAGGCCGGAAGAUGCCAGAGAUAGAAGUUACGAUAGCCAGGAAACUGCUAGUCAAAGAUCGAGUUCGGUUAGUCCGAGGGGUAGUCAGAAACUGUGUUGGGUGGAAAGUAGUUUUGUAGGUACGAGACCUUUGGAUUCGCCGCAGACGCCGGUCACUUUAUCGGAAAGCCAAAGUCAUACGCCGAUAACCAGUACGAAACUUAGACUAGAUUUACAAACACAUAAUGACGUUGCUCAUCUGUCGACUACUACUUCGACCUCGAAGCCGUCUCCUACUUCGACAACGUUGGAAGAUGUUUUGGAUUCCCUGCUGGGACUACCAUCGAGUGGUAGAGCACCGAGUCCCAGUCUCCAAGAGACGGUGUCAGCUAAUACUAGUCCUUGUCACAAAUCCAACGCAGAAGAUCCUUCCGAACAAUUCAGGAGGCGAUCAGAGGGAUCAGAACCAUCCUCAAAUUUAAAUUCAAGAAGAGUAUCAUUCAGUUCGUCGCCGGUGCUCCGCUGCCGAUACUCUAGAUGUGGACGGACUGUAUUAAUUUCAACUAGCGAGGCUAGCGCAUUCAAGAACUGCCACAACUGCUCAUAUACAUAUUGCUCGAGGGCCUGCAGACGAGCUCAUUGGGAAAAACACAGAAAAACUUGUUUGUUCUCGAGGAUAGGUACCCUUUGUCGACAAGUAAUAGCAGCUUGUAAAGAAAAGAAGGAUGUGCUAUCACAUCUAUCGAAAAUAGCAAGAAGAGGAUACUUAUCUCACGGUAUAGGUUCGGUGAAGUGUUUUUUUCCGAAUCCUGAAUCGGCUGAACAAUUUAUCUCAAACGGUCUGCCCGGUUUAGGCGAACUGACUUACGUACGCUGGCAAGACUUACUACCAUCAGAGAUGGGUUCUCAGUUGUACGCCGAAUUAGUGAAAAUGUGCAAAAAUUACAACCCGAAUAGUAAACUCGUUCUUUAUGUGUCGAUAUGUGUGAUUUCGGAAUCUCCGGCGACUGGUUCCGUUAAAUGGGAACGACAGCUGGUAUCGAGAUGCGCUAAAAUGCGACUCAGUAAAGAUAUACAAAUACAAGAUAGAGAACCAACCGAAAAUACCGAAACGUUGAUCUUAACAUCCGCUCCGAUCGAAACUGAUCCGACUACGACUAGAGAAAUUAGAGAAAAAACCGUGGAGAACCUCAAAGAUCAUCUUAGAAAUAGGGGGGUUUCAUUAAAGAGGCAGCAACCCGAAAUACACAAACAAUUGGUGGAUUAUUGUUCUAACGUUGGUAAGAAAUUUACCCCAGUUACUAUGUAUCCCAAAGAUAACGUUUCGGGUAAAAAUUUAAUGUGCAUACUAAUGUUAGAUGCUAACCAAGAAAGCGUGAGAGAAAUAGAAAACGCUGGAGUUAAAGUUAAAACUAUCGAUUUAUUAAAAGAUUUUUGUAAAGACUGAAUUUUUAUUAGUUAAAUUUUAUAAUAAAAAGAAAAUAUCCUUACCGUAGAAUAAAAAAAUCAAUAGACAACAAUUUCAUAACGAUAACCAAACAUUUUAUAUAAAAUAGGUUAUUCUUCUUUUCCUUCAACUUAAUUACACCAACAUCAAUAAUUCACUUCAUUUUUAUGCCUUUUCUUCUUCUCAAAAACAACCAUCCACUAAUUACAUCCAGUACUUUUGAACCCCACUUCCCCUCCUUGUCAAAUGUCACAUUUUUAUAAUCCCCCUCCUGAUGUAACGUCACAAUUUUUUCAAAUUUAUGCAGAUAUUUAAAAAUAAACGAGAGAAAACAGCUAUUUCCAUUUUCUACUUAUAUUUUCAUUGAAAAAUCUAAUAAAAUAAAUAUCAAAUAAUUAGAGAAAACUAUAUAACUCAGCAAAAGUUAAUCAAGUAAACAGUAGGAAUAUAUUGCGCCGGCGCAUGUGGUGGCAAUUGUCGAAGGUCUCCCUUAUAACAGUCGCGCGAAUAAAUAAAAAACAAAGCGAGGACUCGUCGACAACUUAAACCUAUUUAAACACUCCCCAUGCAAAUUUCUAGUUUAACAUAUGACGUAAUAUAUGGAUGACCCCUUUUUAAUAUUCUAGAAUCGUUCUGUGGGAAAGAAGAAUAAUAUAACGAACCGAACAAUCUAACCUAGUUUUACUCUCUUAAAUGAUUACUAAGAUCUUUUUUGAGAAUUUUUUAAAUUUAUAUCCAAUAUUUGGAUACCCAUCAUCAAAUGAACCAGACUCACAAAUUAAUUUUUGCUGUCUAUAAAACCUAUUCUGCGUAAAGAAUAGAAUCCAUCGAAAAAAUGCUACCAAAAAUAAAUCUAUAAGAAACAUAUUUACCAUAAAAGCAGUUAUACUACAUUUUUUUUCUGUUUGGGGCGUUAAAAAUAAAAAAACGAGUUAUUUUAACCAGUGCAGUUUAAUAAAAUUUGACGUACCCAGACGUCGACCUUCAAGAUUCUGACUGCUGAAUGCGGCGUUGUCGUACUGCUUUAGUAUUCCUUAAAAUUAAUACACAACACUACAAGGUUAAUUUCAAAUUAUAUUUACAGUAUCGUUUUUUUUUUAAAUGAAACCUACAUGAAAAAAUAUAAGAUAAUAUAGUGGAAAGGAACAUAAUUAAAAAAUAUAUAUAUUUUCUAAUGAUACCACCUUGAUAGGAAUCAAAAGAUGAUUAUUAUGUUUUAUAUAGUCUAGUUGUGAUCUGCGCAUGCUCUUAUACAAUACCCUGCCGUCAUUAUCAGUGAUGCUUUUGUCGCAAGCGGCGGGAAAAAAGUUUAAUUAUAAAUAAAUUUGUAUAAACGUAAAAAUGAAACUGAAAAGAAUAUAUCGACCAUUUUUGCAUUCUAUAUGGGAAAUUUUUUGCUUAACAACACUCUCAAAUACGUUGUUGUUGAGUUGUUACUCUUGGUUUACUGUUUUCACUAAAUGAUACACACAAAAUUUUUUCGCAAAACAAUUCUUUUAUUCUAUUAGUAUAGGGAAACAAUCUGGCACCACUGCUAAUUUAUAGCAUCUCUCGUUUUCACCUUGAUUCUCUUGCGCAUGUCUGGAAACUGAACGCAAGCGGAUUUCUUUCUAUUCUAUUCACAUUCGAUUUUCGAAAAAACUUUUUGUUAAAUACGCCUUCAACUAUUUAUCAAAUAAGAUUUUAUUCAGAAAAUAAUCUUAUAGGCGUGAGAAUAUUAGAAAUAGAAAUUUACAAAGUUCUAAAUAUUUUCGUUUAAUAGGUAUAAGCUGUCGUUCCUGGAGCAAUUUAUAAGUUCGUUUUGACCCUUUUUUCUAAAAAUCGAGGGUCUGUUUUUUAUACAAACACAGUAAAUAUUAUAUAAUACUUUAUAAAUAGAGUGAUCUACUAUGAUAUACCUAGUUUUGUUUCUAAAAAUGUGAAAUAAGACCGCUCUAUUUAUAUGUUAAAAAAACUGUUGAUACCCUUUUUCCUGUGAUUUUAGCUUGUUAGAAUUAUAAAUUUUAAUAAAAAGAUUGAUUAAUAAUAUAAAUGUUAUCUUUUUCUAUUGUUGCUUUAAAAUCUACAUUUUUAUGUAAACGGUAUUUAGUACAUGAAAACUGACAACGUUGUAUUCAUUUUUAAAUCAGAUUUUAUACAAAAUCAAAUAUAUAAAAAUAAUUAUUUAUAUUAACAAGUAUCAAAUGAAUGAUAUUCACUUAUUCAAAUAAUGUUUUAUAAAGAAAAACAUUGUUUUCGUUAUAUACGAAUUGACAAUAUGGCACUGUUAAAGCAAGUCAAAUGACGAGUCAUGUGUCAAAUACACAUGUUCGAAUUUGUGUAAUUGUUGGUGAUAUUGACUUUUUUGUGGGCUCUUGAUGUAAAUUUAAAUCAAAUAGACAGUUAUUCCUGCUUUAAAACACUUGAUUUUAUAUAUAAAACAUAUUACUGCCUUGAAUGCUGUAUUCCAACUGUGUAUUUAAAAAACUCAGUUUAUAAUACCCGUGUCGAAAUCGUAUCCAACGUUGCCAGUUUUAUAAAAAUAAAAUUAAGGUAUUGCUCAUUUCUAAGAGUAUUUGACUGAUUUGAGUUUGUUGUAAACAUAUUUUAGGCAAUUGUUGUAACUAAUAUUAAAAGUAAUUUUAUUAAAAUCAAUAUAAUGUUACUUAUAUAUCUAAAUUUAUGUUAAAGGCUUCAAGAUGUGUCGGAAAAUAUAAAAAUGUGAUUUGGCGGUGAGGGUGUUAUUCUAAAAUAAAGAAAUUUAUGUCAUUUCAAUCACAAGAAUGUUAUUUGUUCCUGUAUAUUCCGUCACUAACAUAUAUACAUACAGGGUAAUUCCGAAAUUGUUAUACUAUUGUGAUGGUUUGGCAACACAGUAGAACUUUUACUUGGUAAUGAAUGUAUUAAUUCUAACACAUUUUCGAAUACUUCGUAUACUUUAAUUAUAGCCUGAACAUUGUUAAUCGAAAUUUCUUAUUUAAUUUGUAUACAAAAAAUUUUGAAAAUGAAAGAAGAUACGAAGAGAUACAAAGUCUUGAGCCAAUUUUUAAUUAUAAAUGUUCAAACUUUACUGUAUAUUUAUUGGUACAAUACCAGAUGGAUUCUUUAAACAAUCAAGUUUUUAUAUAAUUCAAAUCGAUUACAUUCGGAAUUCGGAAUAAUUGACUGGUGAACAAACUGCAAGAAAUAACGGAAAGAGUUAAAAGAAGCUAAUUUGAUUUAUUUAUAUUUUUGUAAUUUAGGGGCAAUCUAAGAGAAUAAUGUAAUUUCAAAUGAAAAAAGUAUGCAUUUCGAAAUUAUAUAUAAGCAAUAAAGAUACACAGAAAUAGA